UCUCUUUCUUUUUUCAUCUCUCCACAAAAUGGAGUUAGCAACUAAUGAUGAAUUCCAUGGAAUAGAAAAAACACAAUGCUUGAUCGGAAACAUCUUUUCAGACAGAGUUUUUGAUAUCAGAUACGUGGAAUGCAUGGUUCAAAGAAUUUGGUACUGUGAGGUUAGAGUGACGAGAAUCAGAGGCAACAUAUUCGAGUUUUAUUUCAAAAAAGGAGAUGAUUGUUACAGAGUUCUUGGGGCUGCUCCUUGGACAGUCCAAGGCGGAUGUCUUCUCAUUCUUUCUCCUUUGUUUUCUGGAAAUAUCCCCUCUGAGUUACAUUUCUGGGUUCAGGUCCACGGCUUACCAACUCACUGCUUCACUUAUCAGAAUGCAUUCAAGAUUGGUCAGUAUUUGGGGAAAUAUUUGUAUGUUGACAAAGGUGUUUGGAGCUCUAAGUUUCUACGAAUUCGGGUGAGGUUUGACAUAACAAAUCCAUUGGUUUCUGGAUUUUGGCUUAAUUCUAGCUGGAUUCGUUUCAAGUACGAAGGAUUGGGCCAGUUUUGCUACAAAUGUGGUCGUAUUGGGCAUUACGAGAGCACAUGUAAAUUCCCACCACCACCAGGGAAUGAACGUUUUGGCCCUUGGUUACGAGUUGAAUCUUUGAGUCUGCUUAAGCCUACUAAAACAGAGGACUCCAUUACUGUUGUCCAGAAUCAUACGCCAAAGUUCAAACUGAUUCCUUCACCAAAACUCCAGGAAUGGCAAAAAAUAUCACCUGAUCAACACCUAGACAAUCUUGACACUACCCCACCAAAGAGUGAAUGGGCAAGGCUGACGAUAAACGCGGUAGAUUCAAUGAUUAUGAUGAUGAACUGUGUAGUAAUAAGGCAUCGAGUAGCAGAGGCUAAUGAAGUAGAGGGAUAUGGAUUGUUGAUUCUGAUGAUGGUUGCUUAUUUCUUCUACUUGGUAAUCAAGUUCAAUGCUAUUAUAGUCCAGUAACUCAGCUUAAGGACUUGUUCAUCUUGCUCAUGUUUUGCGUUGCAUUUCUUAUGUUUUGUUGAUUGUCCCCAGUUCAUUUGUUUUUUCCAGUUGAUUGUCCUGCUCGUUUCGGAAUUAAUGUAGGAGCUUAGUGGUAGUAGAUGUUUUGCGAAAUUUUUGACUAGACAUAUGGUUAUGUUGCAGUGAAACUCUAACCACUCCCUUUUUGUUAUGGACCUCAUAAUUUUAGUAUCUAUCUUUGCUUUUAUAUU